AUUUGAGUAUCCUCUUUCUCUAUUACUAAUACUAAAACGGCAUCUUUUGUUUCAAUUUCAAAAACAUCUAAUCAACCUAUCAUUUCUCAUCUUUUUUAUCCUCAUCAAAUCAAUCUACAUUAUAAUUUAGAAAUAUUCUGUCAAAUUUUUGAUGAAGAUAAUGCUGUUUAUUUUGCUUAUCUUCUCAGUGUUUGAAAAUGCGUCGGCCUUUUCCAACCAAAACGGGUCUAAUACGUCUGCAUUGGUUGAAGAAAAUUACAUGAGGUGGAUAAAUCAAAUUGGUUCUAAUUUCAUGAAACAUAUUCAGUACGACAAACUAGAUAAUCAGAUAGAACCCUGUUUAACAAUUACAGUAGAUAAGAAUGCAACAAGGGGUAACUUCGACUCGGUUCAAAAUGCAAUUGAUUCACUUCCUUUUUUUAAUCUCUGUCGAGUGAUUAUUCGUCUUCACAAAGGGGUGUACAGGGAGAAAGUUGUAGUUCCUAUAACCAAAGCUUUUGUUAGCAUAGAAGGUGAGAAUGCAGAUGAAACAAUCAUCCAAUGGGAUGAUACGGCGGAUACAAAUGGUUCUGAUGGUCUCCCGCUGGGUACUUAUGGUUCCGCAACAUUUGCUGUCAAUGCACCUUAUUUCAUUGCCAAGAACAUCACAUUCAGGAAUGUAGCACCGUUACCACCUUCAGGAGCAUUAGGAAAGCAAGCAGUGGCAAUUCGAAUAUCAGCCGACAAUGCUGCGUUCAUUUCGUGCAAGUUUAUUGGGGCUCAAGACACCUUGUAUGAUCACACAGGAAGGCACUACUUCAAGUACUGUUAUAUCGAAGGCUCUGUAGAUUUUAUAUUUGGAAAUGGGCGGUCACUCUAUGACAGAUGCUACUUACGCACUGUAUCUAGUAGCUAUGGUGCCUUAACUGCUCAAAAAAGGGAUAACAUGUUAGACGAUACCGGGUUCUCAUUCGUCAAUUGUCGAGUAACUGGGUCAGGUGCCCUAUACUUAGGAAGGGCAUGGGGAAUUUUUUCUAGGGUGGUAUUUGCCAAAACUUACAUGGAUAAGAUAAUAACUCCUGAAGGAUGGAGCAACUGGGGAGAUAAGCGAAGAGAAAUGACUGUGUUUUUUGGGCAAUACAAAUGUUAUGGGCCGGGAGCAGAUUAUGGAAGUAGAGUGGCAUGGUCAAGGGAGCUCACCGAGCAAGAAGCUGAACCAUUCCUUUCUAUUAGUUUUAUUGAUGGUCAUCAAUGGAUUCCUGGUCUCUGAGUGAGAAGCAAAAAUCUAUUUCACAAUAAACAUGUAAUCAUUCAGGGAUUAAAAGUUAGCUAGAUUUUAAAUUUGGCUGAGAGAAGUUUGAAAAUGAUGAAUAGCGAG